CUGCCAAAUUCUCUAAAACGACGUUGGAAGCGGCUUAUGUCUGUCGGUCUCUCUCUAGGAUCUCUGUCCUAUUGGUGUGAUGGCCUUCUCCUUUCUGGCUUUCCUGAUCUUAUCUAUCCACACCCUCCCAUCCAUUGGCUGCCCAGUGGGAUGUCGCUGCUACAGCUUGACUGUAGAGUGUGGCUCUAUGGGCCUUCGGGACAUCCCACCACAUGUCCCACCUUCCACACAGACCAUCUUCCUCCAGGACAAUGCUAUCGGGCAGAUCCAUCUAUCUGACCUCUCCCAGCUGGGCCGUCUGCACUGCCUGUAUCUGCAAAACAACAGUAUCUCAGCCCUGGAGCCUGGGGCCUUCCAGAGCCAGGGUAAUCUUCUAGAGCUGGCCCUCAAUGGGAACCGCAUCCACCUGGUCACAGGAGACAUGUUCAGGGGCCUGGAAAACCUCCGUAUCCUCUACCUGGCAGGAAAUGACAUCACUCGCCUACAGGACUAUACCUUCAGAGGCCUACAGCGUCUUCAAGAGCUUCACCUGCAGCAAAAUAACAUUGAGAUGCUGGGAGACCAGGCUCUAGUUGGUCUGUCCUCUCUGGCCCUCCUUGACCUCAGCCGGAAUAACCUGCACACCAUCGGCCCUGCCACCCUGCGGCCCCUCGUCAGCCUGCAGGUACUGCGUGUCACAGACAAUCCGUGGCGUUGCGACUGUGCCCUGCACUGGCUGCGCAGCUGGAUCGAUGAGGAGGGCCAGCGCCUGCUGAGCUCGGCCGAGAGGCGCUUGGUGUGUUCCGAGCCGCCCCGCCUUUCCCACCUCAGCUUGGUGGAGGUGCCUCUCAACAGUCUGGUGUGUAUCCCCCCUCUGGUGCAGCUGGAGCCACGCCGCCUGGCCGUGCGCCUGGGUGAGAGCCUACGUGUCUCCUGCCAUGCCUCUGGUUACCCCCGGCCACAGGUCACCUGGAGGAAGGCGUCCCAGGGCAAGUUGCAACUCUCCCCGCGGGGGCUGGUGCAGGACCUGGGCAGUGUAGGGAGCGUGGGGGCUGAGGAUGCAACACACCCAGGGCGGGUGAGACUCCAUAAGGAGGAUGGGGAGCGCUUCGAUCCAGACACGGGCAGUGGGAUGCUUUUCCUCAGCAAUGUGACGGUGGCUCACGCCGGGCUGUAUGAGUGCGAGGCCUGGAACGCUGGAGGGGUGGCCCAUGUGACCUUUCAGCUAGGAAUCAAUUCCUCGUCCUCUUCCGGUUGGUCCCCCGCCUCCUACGCCCCAUCCUGGCCUCGUCUGCGUUCCAAUCGGCCAACAUCGUCAGAUGUGAGGCGAGAGCCCCUGUACGCCCUUGGCAGCAUGGCCUUCAGCACGCUGGGAGCUGCUACGCAGACUGCCAUCGCCAUAGGGAUCUCCCUGCUGGCCCUCACUGCCCUUCUCCUGGUGGCCAUGAUCUACAGCCGGCACCGCCAGCGGCAGAAGGACACAGAUGACAAGGAGGAAAGCAUACUGUAUGUCAAUGAUUACUCAGAUGGACCAACAACCUUUGCCCAGCUGGAGGAGUACCGCGAUGAGCGCGGGCAUGAGAUGUAUGUUCUUAACCGUGCUAAACCCGUCAUCCCACCUUCCACCACAGCUGCUACCACUACCCUGGGGUACCAACAGCAGGAGGCGCUGUCUCCCACAAAGCCCCAGAUGGAGCCCGAUAUACGGACAAUGAGAAGGAUGGCAGGGGAGGGCGGGGAGGCAGAGACGGUGACAGCCGAGUCGGAGGGCUUGUUUCUGAAUCACACAGGGUUGUUCCUCGACUCACAAUUUGCAUAUGAGAUCCACUGCUGAAGGCUCCCAGGAGGACGUUCACAGUGAGCUAUCCCUGAGUGCUUAAUGUCACUUUUCAGAUGGAUGUCCCUCUGGUGACCAAACCUCCAGACUGCAGAUCAGCCGUGACAAUGAGGGUUCAGAUUAAUCAUAAAUCCUGAUUGCUCUGGCUCUAGAGUGACAAGCUUGAGCGGCAGUGAGAUAUAAAGACAUGCCAGGAGAGGUGCCACCGUCAACCAAAACCCCCACUGUACUGUACCUUACUGUGAGCUGAGAAAAUGUGUUUUAUGUCAUGUUGAUUAACUCCAGCUUGAAACUAUAGUUACUAUAGUGUGGAGAAACCAUUAGUGGAGUGAGUCAUGUGUAGUGGAAAGACCCUUAUUAUGACUCUUCUACUGUUUUACAUCAACUAAACUGUGUUAGGGGCCUAAACAGGCUCCCUUGGCUGAACGCUGAGAGGUUGAGAAAUUGAAGAGUAAUGUGUAUCGUAAGUCUAUCAGAAAAUACUUAUUUGUGACAGAAUACUGACCUACCCAGAUCCUCAAUUUUCUAGUCUACAGCCAUUGUCUUCGGUCAGAUGGCGUCAUUCUAACGCAACACGCGUCAGUGCAGAUGCGCUGGUGUAAGACAAUGGCCUACAGCAUAAUGUUCCUUCCAAAGAUUUCAUCAGUCAAACAAGGGUAUACAGUCAAACAAGCUCUCUCUCCUGCAGGUCCUGUUCAUUUCAUUAUAUUGGUGACUAUACAGUUCCUUCGGAAAGUAUUCAGACCCAUUGACUUUUUCCACAUUUUGUUACGUUACAGCAC